UUUCAAUAUUCGCAUUCAUUGAAUCUCCUCUGUUUCAGCUAUAAAUACCACCACUGAGAAUAAUCGCGAAAUUUUCACAAGGUCUUCAAGCGCUCGUGCACGUCACAUCUGUCGCGAUUCUCCAUCUUCUUUGUUGACACUCGCUCCGUCCACUCCCAAUUGAUCAUCGUCAAUUCGAAAUAUGAAAGCACGCGUGAUCAUCAAAAGAAGCACGGUUUUGCAUCGUGACGCUGCUCGAUUGAGUGCACGUGGAAAAUUAGAUUGAAUAUCCCCGAGAAAGACCCUAUGAACCGCCUCAUCGAGUUGUAGUUAAAUGGUAACGGUUAUUUCGUAAGCUGUGCUCCCGGACCAAGGGCGCUCGCAUGAUCGACGAUCGUGAGAAAAGACGCGGCGGAGAAAUCGUUUCCGUCCGUUUUUCCAACGCGCUUCACGGCCAAGAAUUAAUGAGACCCUCUGCACGCGCGGAUCUCGUGUCUGUGAAUGGAAUCUUCGUUGUGAAGUCAACGAUGGAUGAUAUUCUUCUUUCAACUAUCGGAUUUCUGCUAUCUACAGGGAUAUUUUCUCAGUAUAUACGUCUGAAAUUGUUAAAGCAACUCUCACUUGAUGAACUUCUGAUCGCUCACGAAUGUGCCUUGCGCGUGCAAUCAUUCAUCAUUCCAGAUAUACAUAGCAAUUACUUUUUGGAACGGAACGAAGAGUUUCAGUAGCAACUACUGUAGACGUGUUAUUACGUAAAUCUUCUACGAUGCAAACAACCAGACAUUAAUUAUUGAUGAAUAGGAAUUUAAUGAAAACCAUGUUUAUGACGAUUAGAGAUCUCCUAUGAAUGACAAUAAAUACAGACCUAUUAAUUCUAUUAUGAAAGUUGAUUCGAUGAAAUUAAAGACACACAUAUAAUUAAAAAGUUAUAUAACACGUAUUGUAUGAAAGUAUGCACUGUAUACCAUAAAUUAUAUUAUGAACUAAAUUAUACAUUGCACAGUAUACAAUAUACUGCUCUAUAAGGCAUAUAUAUGUAUUAUAUACCAAACUAAACAUAUAGGAAGUAAUAUUUAUUUUCAUGAAAAUAAUGAAGAGAUUCUUAAUGUUAGAAUCAAGUGUUUUGCGCGUUGAAACAUUGAAACUAUACAGAUACUUUCACCCUAGCGUUCAUUUAUGGAGCAGCAGUGUGAAAAGAGACGGGAGCUACAUUUUCAUACGUGCCAUGUGUCGACCAUAAUUAAAUCCUAAUUGCUGGAGCCAGACUUAAUUUGAUUUGACGCCAAAAAAAAAAAAAAAGGAAAAAAAGAAAACCUGGAUAGUGUCGAUAACCGUACGUGUAAGGUCUUUGAUCUUGGUUGACAUAGUUUCCAUUGAAAUGUCGUGGAAUGCGUCACGCGUGUCUGCCGACACUUUUACAGAUUAAAAUAAGAAUUGUUGAGGUCGAACACCAUGAAUAAAUGCACAUAAAUUUUCUUUCGUUUAAAAGUAUCGUUGAACCGGUAUAUGUACACUUUAAUAUCCAUCAAUUGAUAUUGCAAUUUAAUACGAUGUGAUUUUAAUUAAUGUGUGCUAAUGGAUGUUAUAGCAAGCUUGUAACUAACGUGGUGGAACACCUAUAAAAUAAUUUAUAAGCAAGUUUAAUGAUUAAAAUACAAGGAACAUUUUAUUUCUGUUUACAUUAUUCCUUAUUUGUAAUAAUGCGAAGGAAAUAACAUUUGCUAUGUAAAUGGCAGCGGUCGAGGACAGAAAUAUUUCAGAGGAAUCCAUCUAAAAAUGUAUGGCACUCAAUGGAUCUAAUUAUAUGCAGACAGCUUGUCUCUCCCAAACGUUACACGAAUAUCCAAGCUUUCACUUGUGUUAUUUAAAUACCAGGAUCAUACUUUUCCAAGUUGCUAGAUCUAUUGACCCACGAUUUUUUCCAUUAUUACCGGAACGAUUAUAUCACAUUCUUUGAAUUAAUUACUUAGAAAUUAGCGAGUUGCUUCCUGGGCAAUGCUUUCUGCUGAUCGGCCAAAAGUACUGCAAUC